CAGACACAGCAUUAGGACUCUGGAGACUCCCCUCAGAACAGCUCACAAGGGAUUUUGGUGCAAGUGGCAAGUGACAUGUCCAUGAUGACUGCAGUUUCCCUGACUCUCAUCAUGGUGGCAAUGAGUGGGUGUGCCAGUGCCCUGGACAUUUUUUAUCCGUUUGGGUCGGCUGCGGGUGAUACUUUCAGCUCUCGUUCAGAUGAUGGCAGCUCCCCUCUCAUUACCCUGCUCCAGUCGUUCCCUUUCUUUGGUCGCACGUACCAGCAGAUAUACGUGAACCACAAUGGACACCUCACUUUUAACGCGUCACUCGGUACAUUCACGCCUCCAGCGUUCCCUCAGAACUCAAACAGGGACAUUAUCGCCCCCUUCUGGACAGAUUUAGACAAUCGUCAAAAAGGCAUGAUUUCCUACCAGCAGUAUACAACUGGUGAUGUUCUUCAAAACGCAACUCAGGACAUCAACUCCUACUUCCCCAAUGUGACUUUUACUGCUACCUGGGUGUUUGUGGCCACAUGGGACAGGGUGGCCUAUUAUUCAAACUCAGGAACAGAGACGACCUUCCAGGUGGUUUUGAUAUCCGACAGUAAUCUGUCCUUUGUCCUCAUGAACUAUGGUGUCAUCGCCCAAACCAACAAGGACGUGCAGAUUGGAUAUGACACUAUCAGCUCAACCCACCACGGAUCUCUACGCACCUGCUAUCCAAACAACACCAUAGACAUAGUGAACUUACACACCUCCAGUAACAUCAAUGUUCAGGGCCGCUGGGCCUUUGCUACGUUCCUCCAGUCAAAUGGCUUCAGCUGUGCCAACAAUCCAGUGUCUUCAGUCCCGCAGCCAGUCAACGACGAUUCUGCUGACACGGUCGUUGGUAUGCGUAUGGAAGUUUCUGCAGAUGAAAGUCUAAGUGAGGCUGACAUUGAGGAACAGAUACUGGAGCCAUUUAAAGACCUCCUAAAGAAGCAAGGAAUAGACGUCUCUGGCAUACGCUUGCGAAGGUUUUACAAGACAGAACUCUGAGAGACAGAGGAUAAGAAGGACUCCAAUUGGUGCAGAACUCUGCCGCCCGUGUCAUCACCAGGAUCCCAUCCAUCCAUCAAUCACAUCACACGUGUUUUCACCAUGCCUCUCUCUAUGCCCCCCCAUGCCUACUCCCUCUAUGCCCCCCCCCCAUGCCUACUCCCUCUAUGCCCCCCCCAUGCCUACUCCCUCUAACUCUCUAUGCCCCCCCUCUGCAUCUCUCACUAUUGACGAU